AUGAAGUUAUUAUCUGUCAUCGUUUUUGGUAUUACUGCUUCAUGUUCCAUGGCAAGCAAUGUCCUUGUGGGAUAUUUUCCCAAUUGGCUAUACGCUCGUUUUCCAGUGAGCAGCAUUGACUUUUCAAAGUAUACCCACAUCAAUUACGCCUUUGCAAUUAUGAUCAAGGAUGCUACGCCAGAAUGGACAGAUCCCCAGCAAGUCUCCACUCAAUUGCCUCAACUGGUUACUGCUGCACAUGCCAAGAAUGCCAAGGUCCUAAUCUCUAUCGGUGGGUGGUCAGGAUGUUUAACAUUUAGUUCUAUGGCAGCAGACCCUACCCAAAGAGCUACAUUUAUUGCAUGGAAUGUUGCUCAAGUGACAAACUAUAAGAUCGAUGGUAUCGACAUCGAUUGGGAAUAUCCUGGACGCCAAGGGGCUGGGUGCAAUGUUGUUAGUCUUGAAAAUGAUGCCAAUAACUUCCUGACCUUGCUUCAAGAACUUCGCAAGGCUUUAGACAGUUCAUUUGGAGCCGGAAAGAUUGAUAUCACCAUUGCUGCCCGUGUCCGUACUUUCGAUACUUCUUCUGGAAACAUGCCAGACGUGUCUGCCUUUGCAGCAGUUAUUGAUCGAUUCAAUGUGAUGACUUAUGAUAUCAACGGUGCCUGGAACUCUACAACUGGUCCCAAUGCUCCUUUUAAUUUCCAGCCAGGGUACGGUGAUGCCGAUAGUUAUGUGUCUGGCAUUCAAGCUUGGCUCAAAGCAGGUGUACCCGCCAAAAAGAUUGUACCUGGCCUGGCUUUCUAUGGCCGGUCUGCAAGUGUGGUGCCGUCCGGGGAUAGCUUGGAUGCAUACUGGCAAGACCCCUAUUGUUCAAAGGACCCUGGGGGAUUGUCUGGUGUGUGGCGAUACGGUAACCUGCGGUCACAGGGCGUUUUGAGCUCGCCCACAACAGCUUCGGCAGGAUGGACAAGAACCUGGGAUAAUGUAACCCAAACGCCCUGGCUGUUCAAUCCCAGCAGCAAGAUAUUUAUCUCGUACGAUGACCCCCUCUCAAUCCAGAUCAAGGUUAAUUAUGCUCUCUGCCUCAAUCUAGGAGGAGUCAUGGUAUGGUCUGUUGAUGAAGACUCAAGUGGUGGCGAAUUACUUCAAGCAGCAGCAGCAAUUAGUUCAGGUAAAUAUCAAUAUCAAUAG